AUGUGUCUUUUGAAUCUGCCCCCCGAGUUAUUCUGGUGUAUUGUGGAGAAUCUCGAAGAAGCUAGGCAUAUCUUGUCCCUGGCUAGGGUGAACAAGCAACUACACAACAAAGUUUACCCAUGUCUCUACCGGUUCAAUGUUAAACGACAGAAAAGCUCAGCAAUGAUUUGGGCGGCUGAGAAAGAGAACCUCCAUGCGAUCCGGUCUCUCCUCAGGUACCAGGCAGAUGUGAACGUGAGAGAUGACCGUGGCCGCACACCCAUUUUCUAUGCAAUCCGUUCCCGAAAUGAGACGGUUGUCAAGGCGCUUUUGGAGCAGAACACAAUUGACAUUGCUUGUCAAGACCCACAUGGAUACUCUCCGUUAAAUUACGCGGCAUCUACAAAUUUCCUCUUUGCGACAUCCAUGCUCUUGGAUAAGGGCGCGAACAUGAACACCGCGAACCGCCAUGGGUGGACGCCCUUGAACUGGGCUGCCGAGCAGGGGAACACAGCUAUGGUGGAUGUUCUGCUGAAGAAAUUGAGCUCUACGCCCCCAUUGCCGUCCGCUGAAAUUGAACAAAGCAACAGUUGGUCUCUCCAUAUCGCUGCUGGUGCAGGGAACCUCGGGAUUCUUAAACGGCUGCUUGCGCACGGAUAUGACGUGAAUACUAAGGAUAGUGAGCAGCAGACUCCGCUGUCUCUAGCAGUGAGGAAAGGCUACCUGAAAGUGGUGAGCCUUUUACUCUGCCAGCGGGACAUUGACAUCAAUGUGGCCGAUACCCAGGGAAUGACACCAAUAUGGCUGGCGACUCGAUACCGCCGAGAUGAAAUUGCCCGUCGGCUACUCGCCAUACCUGAUUUAGACGUCAACGCUGCUGCCACCGAGAGAAUAGUCGGCGUCGGCCGGGAGAUGUCCACAUCCCUUCAUCAUGCAGUAAAAAGGGGUUGUUUAUGGAUCGCACGCUUGCUGGUAGCGAACGAUCAACUCGAUCCAAAUGUUACCGACCAUCUGCUAAGAACCCCACUUCACUGGGCAGCGGACAAAGGAAAUUUGGAAAUGGUCAACCUUCUUCUUAGUAGACAAGAUGUGAUGUUGAAUGCCGAGGACAUCGAUAAGUCAACUCCGCUGAUGCUGGCUGUCAUACGAGACCACACGGAUGUAGCGAAGCGGCUUGCUCGCGCAUCCCGGCGUUAUCAACAAAGUGAAUGGUCAUGA